AUGCUUAGACUCACACAAUCGUUAAGAACACUCUCUUUAAUUUCUAACAAUGCAGCAAGAACUGCGGUUGUUAGAACACCUGUUCAAUUGAGAGCGUUCGCCUCCACUCCAACCAUUCUCAAAACUGCUGCUUCUCCUAAAGCUACAAAGCCAAAGGCUAAGAAAGUCAAAAAAUCAAAGCCUGUCAAGACCGAAGCUCAACUUGCUAAAGCAGCGGAAAGGAAGGAAAAGAAGAAGGCAGAACUUAAAGAAAAGAAGGUCAAGGAAUUGACCCAAUUGAAAAAGGAUCUCAAGGAGGCCAUCAGAAAGCCAGUUAAGCGCUCUGGCUUCAAUUUGUUCGUUUCUGAAAACUACGACACUGAUUUAAAGGAAACUGUCAACAGGUAUACAUACUUGACAGAACCUGAAAAGGAUGACUAUAAGGAAAGAGUCAAAGUUCUUAAUGAUAAAAAGCUCGCUGAAUAUCUUGAAGGUAAGCCAAAGAAGCCUAUUUCAUCUUAUGCCAAGUUUACUAAGGAAAACUAUGCCACCUAUAAGGCUGAUAGUUUGGUUGAGACGAGUAAGAUAUUAAAAAAUCAAUGGAAUCAAUUGACUCCUGAAGAAAAGAAGUCCUACUCUGCUGUGAAUUUUGAUGCAGCUGCUUACAAGGCUCAAUUAAAGGCCUGGAAGGAAAAGCGUUUAGCCGCUUACCUUGCAGAAAAGGCCAUUCAAAAUGGAAAGAGAAGAGGAGCCUCCAAGGCCAAGAAGGAAUAA